GCAUCGAGACCAUCCACGAAGGCAGUCAAUCUAUCAACACUGUUUAAGUAAUUCAAUCUGUCUCUAUUUCAUCUCUACUUUUGAUAUCGCUCUUUUCACCACUGACCAUCUCUUCAUUUACUCUCUUUUAUCCUCAUAAUGAAGGUCCGCAUUCAUUUUCAGUCUUUCCUUAACUGGACAGUGGGAAUCCAACUAUUCCUGUGGACACUCCUUUUGCCUUAUACAACUGCCUUUCCUUUUGAAAUCCCCCCUGACCUUGCAGAAUAUGCCCUGAAAGCCAAUGAUUCCGGCAUCCCGCACAGGCAUCUCUCUAAGAAGGCCUUGGACUACCCCGGAGUGACAUUCUCUUCAACAUGUGACGGCGCUCAACAAAGAUAUAUCAAGGAGGAACUUGAUGAAAUCAAGCUUGUGUUGGUCCAGGCACAGCAGCAACUCAGGAUAAUACGAAACGUCAUUAAGGAGAAAGAGCAGCCUAAAGAUUGGGGAACUCGUUAUUCUGAAAACAGGCGACUUCUUAACACGUUUCAGAGGUUUAUAGGGUGGAUCAAAUUCAAUCCUGCUACAAAAGAGCUGCCCGAACAACGAUUGAAUUCAUGGGUUACGAUAGCGCAACGGAUGACGCUAUUAUCCUCAAUUUACCAAAAAAUUCACCAGGCCUUAACGGAUUCAACACUCACAGUCACGAUUCACUGCAACGACCACUUCUUGGUUUACCAACCCGAGGAAAGUGACCAAACAGAGCGUGUGUAUAAAGACACGCGGCCCGAGGGUGAGGCAUCCACGGGAUUGAGAGUAUCGGCUACUGCGAAGCUAUGCCAUGAGAGUGAAAGUGCCCACGGAUGGGCUCUCAAGAACGAUGUCACAUUGAAGGACGAGAUAACUAUCUGUCCGAGUACAUUCAGAAGAACUAAUACAGCGAACAAGCUUUCCCAAUACGCUAAUGAUAUGGCCGCUUUGAAUGGCAAGACCUUGGAUGACAUGAAAUUUACAGCUGCUGCCGGUACACUUCUUCAUGAGCUCACUCAUUGUGAACACAUCCUCGGGGAGGAUAAGACAGGUGACCAGGUCGCAACUCUGCGUGGACGGACCAGGGCGGCGUACCAGGCAUACAACAUUGCAGCACUUGCGUGGACCCGCCCGGAGCUUGCUGUCAGAAAUGCCGGUACGCUGAAACACUUUUUGGUUCUUUCUUGAGUUUUGAUUUUAUUUACUAAGGCCUACUAGAUACACUCGCAUAUUUUGCUCUAGGUUCGUAAGCUACCAAAACCACUACUGCAGCUGGUUUGUACGCUAAUCUAUGGUUGCGGCCAAAAAGCCCUGUAUUACUCCAGGUGUGACUGGUCGGGGAAAGGGGCCAAGUGCGGGGAGGAUAGUAUCGCCGAUUACAAAAG